GUUAGAACAUGGGCAUGAGGUAUCUAUGUGUUAUAGUGUCCCAAAGCUCGAGGGCUUUAGCCCGAGGGAUGAGGGACACUAUAACCAUAGAUACCGAAUGCACAUGUUCUAACUGAUUUAGAUCCCAAAAUCUAUUGGCUACUAAAAAUGCACUAGCUUAGCAACAGUCAACCUAUAUAAACAGCCAACCUAGCAACUGCAUCAUUUGUUUUGAAAUGUUCGAAACCAUCUCUGCUUCUCUGCUAAGAACAGUUCGAGUCGGGCCUGUUCCACUGCAGUUUAAUAUCGGUAUGGACGAAUGGAUAGAUAGCCAUAGCUCCACCCACAAAACCAGCUCCUCCCCCAGCUUUGCAACCAGGAAGCUAGCUGCUCCUACUCCUCCUACUCUGGAAACAAAGAAACCUAAGGCGAGUGGUGCGAGCAAGCCCAAGAAGCGAGCGGCUCCUCCUGCUACUGUCGAGCACCUACCGAAGAGACCUAAGCUAGAGUCCAUGCAGCGCUUCUCUACAGCAAGUGAAGCUGAACUAACUAAGCUGUCUACGCCUUUUGUUCCUAAGAAAACAGAAGAUGCAACUGCAUGGUCUCUAAGAAACUUCCAUUGCUGGUUGAAGAACAGGAACAGCCAAGACCAACUGGAGAAGUGUCCUGAAAAUCUACUGGAGGAAAUGGAUACCAAGAAGCUCAACUAUUGGCUUGCAGUAUUUUUAGUCGAGACCAGGAAGGUCACUGGAGAAUCCUAUCCUCCAACUACUCUGCACAGCAUUAUGUCAGGCCUCCUUCGAUACAUGCGAACUGUUGAUCCACAGAGGUGUCCAAACUUUUUUGCAAGAAACAAUGCCGACUUUGUCACUCUUCAGAACACCAUGGACUCUGUGUUCAGAACAUUGAGGAAGGAAGGUAUUGGAUCGGAGAAGAAAACAGCAAAGCCAUUUUCGAAGGAAGAAGAGCAGCAACUUUGGUCAUCUGGAGUAUUGGGUGUGCAAGACCCUGUAUCACUUCAACGUGCUGUAUUCUUUUCAAAUGGCAAAAGUUUUUGCCUGAGAGGAGGAAACGAGCAUCGUGAACUUAAACUAUCCCAGUUGAAAAGAGAAGUCGGAGGCUACAGAUACACCGAGAAUGCAUCCAAAAACCGUGCAGGUGGACUAGGCCAGUUAAAACUGCAGAACAAAACUGUCUUCAUAGCAGCAGUUCAUGAAGCUGGAGAAAGGUGCCAUUGCUACCUACUGGACCUGUACAUCAGUAAGCUUCCUAGAAAAGCUAUCGAAACCGACUUGUUUUACGUCCGUCCCCUCGAAAAUGUCCAACUCGAAUCUCAAACAUGGUACACUUGUGUCCCUGUAGGAAGAAACAAACUGUACAAAAUGGUGAACGACAUGUGUACUCUUGCUGGGAUUCUGGGAAGAACAAAUCAUAGCCUCAGAGCAACAGGCGCUACUGAGCUAUACAAUGCUGGUGUUCCAGAGAAAAUCAUCAAAGAGAGAACUGGACAUCGUUCAUUGGAAUGUCUACGAAUGUACGAGCGUACUAGUGAGAAGCAACAGAAUGCCGUAUCCAGAGUUUUAUCUGCACAAAAAGAAACCAGUUUCAAUGUGGAAAUGACGAAACUGGCAGAAAACACAACGAACAUUGCAACUCACUCAUCUGUUCCAGUCAUGAACUUUCAUAACUGCCAAGUUAACAUCAACCAAUACAGCCACGGAUCCAUCGUCGACAGUGGAGCUUCUCUCAACCAUUAGUUAUGUUAUUACGUUACUGGACUACAAUCAUCUAGCUCUUAUAAUUAUUUUGUUAUUACUGUCAUUGUAAAUCAUAAUAAACUGUUAAUGUUGUAGUUUGUAGCCCAGAGCAAUCUAUAGUACCGGUACUAUAGCUCAUAGUUCCCUGCUAAAUACACUCAAAUGGGAUCUAAU